AUGAGUGCGUCUGAGGUCGACGUGGUCGAUCCGGCCGUAGAUACGGCAGAAGAAGGAGAAGAUGCAGCAAAGGAGGAGACUGCGUCAACCCUCAAAAGGAAGCGUGCUGGGAAGCUGAGUCAGCUGACGCAGCUCGUCAAGAAAGCUGCAGCGGCCCUUGAAGAAGGUCUUGGAAUUGAGACUCUGAAGGACCUCCACAGAAGGAUCUCGGGUCAGCUGAGAUCUCUGGAGGCCCUAGACCGCGAGUGCACGGAGCAGUGCGAAGUGGAAGGACUGCCGCCCCCCAGCAGCAUGAAGGCAAAGGAAAUGUCGGCGGUCGCCAUGAUGGAAGGGAUUUCGGCAUGCAUCGCGGAGCAGGAGCAGGUGGCAAGGAAUACAGGCGCGGUGUCGGUGAUCAGCCGAGCGUCAUCGAACCGAUCAAGAAGAUCGAACGCCUCGAAUGCUUCAAGAGCUGCUGCCCAAGAGCUGGAGAUCGCCAACCUACGCCUGAGCCAGCAGAGAGCGCGUGAAGAGUCGGAAAGGCUGCGUGAGGAGCAAGAGCACGAAGAAGAGGAAGCGCGUCUUCGAAGAGAAAGAGAGGCAAGACGUAAGAAGCGUGAACGGGAGAGUCAGAAGGAGAGAGAACUACUGGAGCAAGAGGUGGAAGUGGCUGCGCUUCGAGAGCGGCUGACAAGGGCAGCGGAAGAUGACCUCGCGUGGGAGCGCCGCGCCGACUUCGACGAUUCGCAAGAGGUAGCUGUGGUCAACAGCGGAAGAGCACUAGUCCACGACCAGCCGAGCCUCACCAACACCGAGCGCAUCACCUUGCUGCAGUCAUCGCUGGCCGGUCCCGCUGCCCAGGCUGUCUCCGGCAUGCUCUAUAACGGAGCGCUCUACGGCAAGGCGCUGGAGACGCUGCAGGCGCGGUUCGGCAGGGAGGAGGAUAUCGAGCUGGGGAUCGCCGGAGAUCGCAGGGAUCUGCGUCUGCAGAACGUCGAGGGGGCCGGCCCGCAUCGGACGUCUGAGCGUGUAUCGCUCAAGGUUAGUCCUGCAGACGACGCAGCCAAGCGCAUUGUGGUUGCGGAGGCAUGGGCAGUGCCCGAGAUCAACGUCACGGCCCCACGAGUGGCGGAAGAAGACCUGAAGCGCUACCAGCACCUGUCGGGACUCAGCCUGUCGCAGUACGAUGGGGGAUGCGUGACGCUGCUGCUCGGAGCUAACGUGCUCGAGGCCGUCCUGCAGCGGGAGGUUCGCUCGGGACGCCCUGGGCAGCCAGUGGCUAUCCGCACUGACCUCGGCUGGGCCCUGACCGGGUCAAUCUCAACCAUUGUGCCCAGCAGCAUGCGGCAAGUCUGCUAUGUCCGACCUCAGCGACAGGAUGAAGAACCUCUGGUGGAGGCAGUGAAGGAGUGGUGGACGACCGAAUCCUUCGGGACGAGGUUCGAGCGGGACUCCACAAGAUCCAGGGAAGAUGACAGAGCCAUCAGCAUACUGGAAGCCUCCACGCGGAAGAUUGACGGCCGAUACGAAGUGCACCAGCUCUGGCGAGCGGAAGACAUCGUCCUGCCGAACAACAAGUCUGCCGUCAUUCCCAGGCUCCAAGCACUGGAGCGGAAACUGGAGCGCCAGCCGGAAGUGGCAGAGGCAUACCGGAAGACGAUAGCCCAGUAUCUGGAGGACGGCCACGCAAGGAAGCUGACGGAGGAAAUGGCAAAAGACGCUGACAGAAGACGUUGGUUCCUCCCACACCACGCGGUCCUAAACCCAAAUAAACCAAGGAAGGUGCGUGUUGUCUUCGACGCGGCGGCCAGCUACCGAGGAACGUCCCUGAACAACCAGCUUCUGUCAGGGCCUGACCUCCUCCAGAGCCUGCCAGGGGUGCUACUGCGAUUCCGGGAGAGAGCCGUGGCGGUGUCAGGGGACAUUAGACAGAUGUACCACCAGAUACGGAUGGCAGAGGUAGACCAGCCGGCUAUGAGCUUCCUCUGGCGCGACCUGGACGUGUCAAGACCCCCGGAUGUAUACCAGAUGUGCGUCGCUAUCUUCGGCGCACGAUCCUCGCCAGCGAUAGCGAACUACGUACUCGGGAAGUGCCUGGAGGAGAACUGGCCGGAAGACAUGCUGGACCUGGCGCAAAACGGUGACGCUCGCCGGUCAUUCUACAUGGAUGACCUGCUGUGCUCGGCGGAUGACAGCACAACGGCCUUGCGCCUGAAAGAGGCGGUGACUCACGCCCUGGCCAAGGGUGGGUUCGAGAUCACGCAGUGGCGGAGCAGCGACAGUGCGGUGUUGGUCGGGACGGCGGAAGACGAGCGAGGUGAGCCAGGAACUGUGGCUUGUCCCGAGCCGGCAGGAGCCAUGGAAAAGGCACUCGGAGUGGCGUGGGAGGAGCAGAAGGAUGUCCUCGGGUUCCGGCUGAGGGACAUAACCACGCCGAUGACGAAGCGAGGUCUGCUUAGUCAGGCCGCAGCUGUGUUUGAUCCACUGGGAAUUGCAGCGCCCUUCACUGUGAGAGCCAAGACGCUGAUGCAGAGCCUGUGGCCGAAACAGCUUGGCUGGGAUGAGCCACUGCCAGAGCCGGAGCGGUCGGUGUGGCUGCAGUGGGUCAGCGAGAAAGAGCAGCUCGGUGAGGUGAGCAUACAGCGCUGCCUGGUGCCCUCGGGAAAGAUCGAAGCCACCCAGCUCCAUGUCUUCUGCGAUGCUUCGGAGGAUGCCUUCGGAGCGGUCGCCUACCUGCGGACGACUGACGAACACGGCCGCCACGCGUGUCGCUUCGUCAUGGCGAAGACGAGGGUGGCGCCCCUGAAGCGCAUCUCUAUCGUCAGACUGGAGCUCCAGGCAGCCCUGCUCGGCGCCAGGAUGGCGCAUGCAAUAAUGCAAGAGCUAACCCGGCCGGUGACCAGUACAACAUUCUGGACCGACAGCGCCGUGGUCCUCAGCUACGUGAGCAGCGAGUCCCACCGCUUCAAGGCAUUCGUGGCCAACAGAGUGGCUGAAAUUCACGAACUCACGACCGGCGCCGCGUGGCGUCACGUCCCCGGAGUGCUUAACCCAGCAGAUGCCUGCACCAGGGGGAUGGCGGCCAGCGCCCUGACCACGGACUGCAAAUGGCUGUGCGGACCGGACUUCCUGCAAAAGGAGCCAGAGGACUGGCCUCAGCCGGCGCUGGUGGCCCCACCGACCACCGGGGAAGAAGAGAUCAGUGAACGCCGCGCAAACACAGUCGGCAAAGAAGAACCGAUGACUCCGGACCCCGGCAGAUUCAGCUCGUGGCUCCGAUACAAGCGAGUGGUGGCCUGGAUGCUACGGUUUGCGCGGAACGCGGCCAUUCCAGUCAAUGACGAUCGCAGGAAGGGACAGCUGAGCCAGGAUGAGAUCCUGGGCGCUGAGAAGCGUAUCCUGCUCAUGGCGCAGAAGCGUGAGUACCCAGUAGAGCUGCGCAAGCUCGAAAAGGGAGAGCCACUGCCGCCGUCGAGCAGCCUUCGUCCGCUCACGCCGGUCAUCGAUGGUGAUGGAGUCAUGCGCGUGGGCGGGCGGCUCACGAACGCCCCUCUCUCACGAGACGCGCGACACCCGGUGGUGCUGCCGCGCCAGUCGGGCAUCACGCGGCUGAUCAUCGCGGGGAAACACGCGGAGGUCGCUCAUGCCGGACCUGAGCACACUCUCAGCGCAGUGCGGGAGUGCUUCUGGAUUCCAAGAGGUCGGGAGGCCGUCAAAACGCAGCUGAGAGAGUGCCCCGUCUGCCGGCGACGUCGGGCAGAGCCGUCUGCCCCCCAAAUGGCUCCCCUGCCGCCAGCGCGGUUCGACGGACGGCGUCCGUUCAGUAGCGCGGGGAUCGACUUCUUUGGCCCAUUCUACGUGCGGUACCUCAGGCGCACACAGAAGCGCUACGGGUUCCUGGCGACGUGCAUGGCGACAAGGGCGGUGCACCUGGAAAUGGUACAUGCUCUCGACGCCGACAGCUGCUUAUUGGCGUUGAGGAGGUUCUUCGCGCGGAGAGGAAAACCUGAGUGUCUCUUUUCGGACAAUGGCACCAAUUUUGUCGGCAGCUACAGAGAAAUCAGGAAAGAGCUGCAGCUGAUGGAGAAGCUGUUAGGAGAGAAACUCAGCGGACAUGGCAUCGAAUGGCACUUCAACCCGCCGGCUGCCCCGCACAUGGGCGGUGUCUGGGAACGCCUCGUGCGGAGCGUGAAGCGGUGCCUGACAGUGGUGCUGGGCAGCCAGACUCUCACCGAUGAAGUCCUGAGCACGGUCUUCGCGGAAGUGGAGUACAUCGUCAACAGCCGGCCGCUCACUCACGUGAGCGCGGACCCAGCAGACAUGGAGGCAAUCACACCUAACCACUUCCUGCUGGGACGCGCAUCGCCACGCUGGGCCCCCUGCUGCGUGGACGAAAGAGACAUGUGCAGCCGCAGGCGCUGGAAGCAAGCCCAGAGCCUCGCGGAAGGGGUCUGGCGCCGCUGGGCGAAGGAGUACCUGCCUACCCUGACACAGCGCCGUAAAUGGAGCCAAGAGACCCGCAGUCUGAAGAACGGAGACCUGGUGCUGAUGGCGGAAACGGGACUGACCAGAUCGUCCUGGCCGCUGGCCCGAGUGGUGAAGGUGUUUCCGGGAGCUGACGCAGCGGUAAGAGCUGCGGAAGUCCGGACUGCAGGAGGGAAAACCUACACAAGACCGGCCACGAAGCUGGCCCUGCUGGAAGGUGACAUCUAAGGAGUCGGAGUGGUCGGCGCGGUCGCUGGUGGUCUCUGCAGUCUGCCCCGGUCCGCAAGGGCCGUCCACCGCUCGGAGAGUGACGCUCAUCGCGCUCUGGGCGCGGCCCGCUAUUCAAGAAAACUGCUAGCUAUCUUCAAGGUUCCAGCCGUCAAAUCGAUACCGCUCUCCCGACCCUGCACCGCUGCUGACCAACGCU